ACUCCUCUACUAGCAUUAGAUACAUAAGCAUACAAAGCAUUGAAAUCCUGAGUUAAAUAAGAAUUGUAACGCAAAGUUAUAUGCUUUCGGAAAUGGAGCAACUUUUUCGAGAAUAAGAACUGAUCAUAACCAUGAUCCUUUGACUGAGCGUGUGUUGCACAGAAAGAUUCUGUCAAAUCAUAUUAAAAUGGAAAGUAAAAAAAUUCACGAAAAGCCUGCCAAGCUAAUUUUUUCAGCCAUGGAGACACUGCCAAGUGCUGCUGACGUCCUAACAAGAUGUGAUUUAAAAUUAAUAAGAAAUAACAUUCCUAACUCCAGAUUAUCAGUGUUGCCAAAAAUGCCAAAAGAUUUACUCGAAGCACAAGAUGUCCUGCAGAAAAUAAAUGUUAGCACUGUUAAAGGAGACACAUUUUUAUUGAAAAACGUGAAAGAUGCAGGUAUAGUUAUGUUUUCCUGCCUUUCAAAUCUGCAAUGCAUGUGUAAAUGUGAAGUAAUACUCGUGGAUGAAACUUUUGAUGCAGCUCCGAAAUUUUUUAUUCAAAUGUUUACUGUCCACGGGUAUUACAAAGAGAAUUACAUACCGUUUGUGUUUUGCUUACUAAAAGACAAACGAAAGGACAGUUAUGCCCAGUCUGAGUGUGAUAAAAGAGGGUUACGAUUUUCUCCCAAAACCAUCGUGUCUGAUUUUGAGAGAGGGAUACAAGAAAGCAUAAGAGCAGGGCCGCCUCGAAAGAAGGAGGAGUUCCUCCUUCUUUCGAGGUGGAGAAAAAUACAACAAUUAGGUCUUAGUAGGCACUACAAAGAGCGAGAUUCUCCGACUGGAAGAUGGUUGCGCUAUUGUUUUGGUCUUGCAUAUUUAAGCCCAGAAGAUGUCGAAGUGCAAAAAACUACAUCGACGAUCGACGUAGAUGAAAACACGCCGUAUCCUCCUUCCACGUGGGCAGCUGACUCUUCUGAUCUGUGGCGGACAACUAAUUCUUUUGAGAGUUUUCACAGCAGGUUUAGUUCAUUUUUUGGAGCAACAAACCCUAACAUCUUUAUUUUUGUCAAAAACCUUAAUUUAAUACAAAGUGAUACCUAUAUUAGAAUAAACACCGCCGAGGCUAGUGGACCUCGAAAAAUAACAAAAAAAGAACUGUUUAUUAACGAAAAAAUUGCCGAGUUUAAAAAUGGAAAAAUAGGAUAUUUUGAUUUUUUAAAUGCAGUGUCAUAUAAAACAAAAACAAUUUAAAGAAAAAU